GCUCUCUCUCUCUCUCUUUCUCCUCGUCUACAAUGUCGUCCAAUGUCCCGAUCAAUGCUGUUGACCCUACAGCACCAACACCACAGAAUACACCUUUGGUAAAUGCACCUAUCACAACAAAUCUCUCGAGGCCGACGAUUCCAGAGACCGUAUCAGAGGAAAUCGACGAGCUGGAAGAUGAGGACCCCGUCGCGUCCCUCAGCGUCGACGGCAAGCGGAGUUUAAUGGGAUUACUAGGCGUACAACUAAAGCAAACCGAACUUCAGCAAGAAUUCAAGCGAGAAGUAUUUGCUCUUGAAAAGAAGUACCUUGAACGGACAAAGCCGCUGUAUGAACGACGCACUGCUAUCAUUUCUGGUUCUGCGGCUCCGACUUCUGAGGAGGUUGCUGCUGGGCAGCCACUUGCAGAAGAGUUUAUAACUGAGCCACUGCCUGAAGGCGAUGCAACCUCUGCCCCUAUUCCCGAGUUUUGGCUUACGGCACUCAGGAAUCAUAUUGGCAUAUCGGAACUCAUUACGGAUCGUGACGCGGGAGCGUUGAAGAAUUUGAGGGACGUGAGGUUAGAGUAUCUUGAUGGCGAGAAGGAAUUGGGAUUUAAAUUGAAGUUCUACUUCGAUCCGAAUGAGUAUUUUGAGGACGAGGUAUUGGAGAAGACGUACUUUUACAAGAGUGAAAUCGACUACUCUGGGGACUUUGUGUAUGAUCGGGCUGUUGGCACGCCCAUUAGGUGGAAAGAGGAUAAGGAUUUGACCAAGGAAUUUGAGGUCAAGAAACAGCGAAAUAAAAAUACGAACAGGGUUCGUCUUGUGCGCAAGGCACAUCCUGUUGAAUCCUUUUUCAACUUCUUUAGUCCACCCUCGCCGCCUCCGGAAGAAGAGAUUGACGAGGACGACGAAGAUGCAUUUGAUGCUCGAGCAGAAAUAGAGUCUCGAUUGGAACUCGACUAUCAGAUUGGUGAAGAUAUCCGCGACCGCAUCAUCCCGAGGGCUGUCGAUUACUUUACAGGGAAGGCACUGGAGUUCGACGCGGACGAUCUUGAUUCGGACGAAUACUCGGACGAUGAUUUUGAAGACGAUGAGAGUGAUGUGGAGGAUGUACCUGGGCCUGGAAGACAUCGGCACGCAACGAAGGGACGCGGUGCUGGGAAGAAGGGUGAGGGACAAGAGGAAUGUAAACAGCAGUAGUGUAAGGAGAAACCCAGUCUGUGGUUCUGUUUGUUUGUUUUGCUUGGCGGUAGUGCACAUCCUGACCCGAAGACGAGCUCACCUAAUUUACGAGUCUGUGGUCGAGCACAGCGAAGGAGGCGGGGGGCAAGAGGAGUGUAAGUGGCAGUAGUAAAAGAGAAACGCAGUCUUGUUAAUUUCUUUUUCUUUGUUUUAUUUUGUUUGAUCAAUUGGUGCGAUUAUAUUGUUACCAAGUCAAACCCGAGAAAAUGAUGUUUGAA